AUGUGGAAAGCUUCAGUGAUACUGAGCGUUUUAGCGACGCUGAUCGUAACAAGACUGACAAAAGCUGAUUAUUAUGACUAUAACCAAAAUCAGUACAAACAGAGUACUACUCGCUUCAAGUGUACAGAAGAAGGUUACCAUGCUGAUCCGCAUGACUGCAGGGUUUACUACAGAUGCGUGGAUUGGGGCAACGGCAACCCACUGACGAUCUUUAGAUUCGAAUGCGGAGUAGGCACCGUAUUUUCAAAAAAUAAAGGAGAUAUUUGCACGCAUCCGGGAGAUAGCGGUCGCCCUGAAUGCGCCGGAUCUGAAAAUGAACUUGAUUCGAAUCUACAUAAUCCUCCAGAAAAUCCUUCUCCUAUAUGGACAACAACAGUAAGAACAACCACGCGGCCGCAACAAACCACGACACAAUCUCCAGUGUCUACGCCACAACCUACAAUUACGACCCAAGCUGUUACGACAACCAGAAAACCGGAAACAGCGCAAUCACCGCUAACAAGUCGACCAACCACAGACCAACCAGAAAAUAAUUGUAAAAACGAACUUGAAUGUACACAAGAAGAAUUUCUAGCCGAUACCUGCGACUGCAGAAAAUUUUAUAGAUGCGUAGAUGAAGGUUACGGAAAGUUUAAAAAGUAUGAUUUUACAUGCGGUUUAGGAACUGUUUGGGACCCAGAAAUUCAAGGGUGCAAUCAUGCUUGGGCUGUUACAAAAGGAAACUGCAGGCAAAGCUUGGAAGGUGAAAGCAAUGUCAAUAAUGAUGGACAAUGGCAUGGAGAUAUGGGAGAUAAUGGCGGACAAGGGAAUGAUAAUAUUGGCAGUACGGAUCAGUCUGGUCAACCAGGACAAGCUGGAGAUAUUAAUAAUCAGCCAGGAGAACCAGGACAACUGGGACAAGCUGGAAAUCCAGAUGGUAAACCGGGACAACCGGGUUCUCCAGGCUAUCCAGGAAUACCAGGCACUCCGAGUAGUCCAGACUUUCCCGGUUAUCCAGGAAUACCAGGUUCUCCAGGCACUUCAGAUGGCCCAGAUUUUCCGGGCUAUCCAGGGACACCAGGUGCUCCAGGUUCUCCAGGUUUUCCUGGAACCCCAGGAACUCCAGGCAUUCCAAGUUCUUCGGGUACCCCAGGUUCUCCAGGUACGCCCGGUUCUCCAGGCAGUCCAGGUUCUCCAGGUACACCAGGUUCUCCGGGUACACCAGGUUCGCCGGGUACACCAGGUUCUCCAGGUACGCCCGGUUCUCCAGGCAGUCCAGGUUCUCCAGGUACACCAGGCUCUCCGGGUACACCAGGUUCUCCAGGUACGCCCGGUUCUCCAGGCAGUCCAGGUUCUCCAGGUACACCAGGUUCUCCGGGCACACCAGGUUCUCCGGGUACGCCCGGUUCUCCAGGCAGUCCAGGUUCUCCGGGUACGCCCGGUUCUCCAGGCAGUCCAGGUUCUCCGGGUACACCAGGUUCUCCGGGUACACCAGAUUAUCCGGGUACGCCCGGUUCUCCAGGCAGUCCAGGUUCUCCGGGUACACCAGGUUCUCCGGGUACACCAGGUUCUCAGGGUACACCAGGUUCUCCGGGUACGCCCGAUUCUCCAGGCAGUCCAGUUUCCCCUGGAAUCCCAGGAACUCCGGGUUUUCCAAACAGUCCAAGCUCUUCGAAUUAUCCAGAGACAUCAGGUUCUCCAGGAACGUCAUGUUCUCCUGGAACCUCUGAAACUUCGGACUCACCGAGCUCCCCUGGCCAUCAAUCAUCGACAGAUCGUUGUACAAAAGAAGGCUUUUUCGCUCAUCCAAAUGAUUGUCGCAAGUUUUAUCGAUGUGUCAAUGAUGGCAAGUCUUUUACAAAAUACGAAUUUCAAUGCGGCGUUGGAACUGUCUGGGAUUCAUCUAUUCAAAGUUGUAACCACAUUUACGCCGUACCACAUUGUAACCAUACAGGCGAUACAAUUACGAACGAACCCGAUACAUCGUUAAACGAAGUAGAUAGCACCGACAAGCCAGACACGAGUGAACUACCGCCUGUGCAAUCCCCAGAAAGUUCUACUAUUCCACCAAUAUCUUCAAAACCGGAGAUAUCGCCUUCGACUCAGCAGGCUGAAAGUAUUACGGACGAACCUAUUGAACCGUCCCAAACUACAUCAAUUUCUUAUUUGCCACCCGUUAGUAGUACAUAUCCAUCUUCAACAACGCAAGUUAAUGAAUCCAUUUCUACUCUACCUCCCGUAACUCAAAUGACCACUUCUAUAUCCUAUUUACCACCUUCGAGUACUGCAAUUACAGACGCAACGUCUGAAUCUACGUCCGAAUCUGUUUCAUAUUUGCCACCCAGUACUAGUACAUCUGUAGAUACAAGACCUAUAACGAGUACUUUACCAAGUUCUAUAUCGUCCACUAUCUCUUCGCCUCAAACUGGAAAAUACGAAUGUACUGAAGAAGGUUUCUCUUCGGAUCCUAGUAAUUGCAAAAAAUUCUAUCGCUGUGUACAAGGCCAAUCUGGAUAUCAAAAGUACGAGUUUGAAUGUGGUCCAGGCACAGCAUGGGAUCAAUCCGUACAAACAUGCAAUUAUAUUGAACAAGUAGCUUCGUGUUCAAUGGAAAAUAACGAGAUCGAUCAAGGUUCGACAUCCAGUACUUCUAAUCCCGUAUCUGGAUCUCUUGUCACGAGCAGUUCUACAAGUACUGCCUCUAGUCAAAUCACUGCGACUACCUCGUCAUCCGCAAUUCCAAUUUCUACUACAGUUGCCAGUAUUCCAGAAACAUCUAUGGAAUCGUCUAUGCCGGAAGGAGAUAAAACAGAAGCUUCCUCAACAACAAUCACUAGCGUCGGCGAAAAACCCGUUUCAGGAAAACCAGAAGAAAUUGAAAUGCCUGGAAGCUCUAGCACGGAAAAUUCAUCCGAGUCCUCAUCCGAACAAUCUAGUUCCGAAUCAAGCGAAGAAUCAUCUUCAUCUACCGAGUCACAUAUAUCAGAUUGCACAACUCAAAAGCCAAACAAUACGAUAGUAUGCAACAAAGAAGGUUUCUAUCCGCAUCCAGUUCGAUGUGAUAAGUUCUAUCGCUGCGUCGAUAAUGGCAAUGGUUUCAACGUGUAUCAUUUUGAUUGUCCACCAGGCACCAUAUUUGAUCCUAGCAUCAGCGUAUGCAAUUACCCUGAAUCUGUUUAUCCUGCGAGAGAUUGUACGACUGAAAGUACUACUUUAAGCAAUGUUAACGUGGAAUCCACAACCGAGUCUGAAACGUCAGAACAAUCCAUAUCAACGAUAACUACUACUACUAUACAGAGUACAACUCAACAAACAGAAGAAAGCACAAUUAUAUCUAGUACAACGAUAUCGUCUACGAUAACUACUACUUUAGCAGAAAGCACUAUCACUUCUGGCAUAGAAUCCACGACUAUGGAAAUAUCAGAAAAUACCGAAAACAUGACAGAGUCCACUGUUGAAUCAAUUACUGCCAUCACAGAAAAUGCUACCGAUUCUAGCACUGAACAAACUGAAGCUCCUGAUUCCACGGAAUCAACGGAAUCUGAAAAGCCUACGACCGAAUUUCAAGAAUCCACAACGGAAUCCCAGGAACAAUCGGCGACUGAAUCGCAGGAGCAACUGACGACUGAAUCGCAGGAGCAAUUGACGACUGAAUCGCAGGAGCAUUUGACGACAGAAUCAUCUAAUACGGAAGGUCAAGAGCAAUCAACGACCGAAUCGCAGGAGCAGUCAACGAUAGAAUCUCAAGAACAGUCUACAACGGAGUCUCAGGAACAAUCAACGACUGAAUUAUCAGAGCUGACAACGGCGGAACCAGCAUCUGCGACACCUUGUGCUAUAGGCAAUUUGACCGAUGAUCAAAUAGCUCUAGUUUGUCCUACUGGCUUUCGAAGGCAUCCAAAAUAUUGCAAUUUAUUCUAUCAAUGUACUUCCGAAGGAAAUAUGGAAAUCAAGAUCCUCGUAUUGAGUUGUCCUGAGAAUACUAUAUUUGAUGAGAAAAAGAUUCAGUGUCUACCUGCAGAUAGAAGUAGUGACCCAUGUACAGGCGCCAAAGCAAGCGUCAGAUUAUAUAGAAGACUGGAAAAUAAUGCUUUAUCUCCCGUAAAAGUAUCGUCAAAUCGGCUUUGCCCGGAAGAAGGACAUUUUCCUUACCAACAAGGUUGCAGUAAUAAUUUUUACAAAUGUAAACGCGACAUUCGGAACAAUUUACAAGGAUACUUCUAUAAAUGUCCCGAGAACUUUAUUUAUUGGUCGAUUUCCAGAAGAUGCGAACGCGUGACACGUCUUCCAAUGUGUUCGCAUUUGGCAAACAGAAACAAAACCGAUUGGAACAAUCGAUGGCAAAUACCAACCGAAGAUUUUAAUCUUUCCGCCAGAAUGUUACGUUUCUCAUGA